AUGCUUAUUUCAGGGACAUUAAGCAAAAUGUCUGUCACAUAUAAUUUUGCUGGUAAAGUGGCCCUGAUCACUGGGUCGAGUUCGGGCAUCGGUGCGGCCACAGCCAUACUGUUUGCCAAAUCGGGAGCCAAUGUUGUGAUCACCGGUCGUAACGCCGGGCGAGUGUCAGAAGUGGCCAAACAGUGUCGGGAAGUGUCACCCAAGGGCUUGAAAGCACUAGAAGUGGUGGCAGACGUGACCAGAGAUGAGGAUCUUCAACGACUGGUGGACACAACUAUCAAGACUUUUGGCAAAAUAGAUAUUUUGGUCAAUAACGCCGGAGCGGUGGCGGGAGGCGCGGGUCUCAGCGAUAAUAAUUACAUUAAUGGUUUCCGACAAACUUUAAAGACAAAUCUGGAUUCAAGUGUAAUGUUAAGCCAUUUAUGUGUAAACCAUUUGGAAAAAACAAAGGGAAAUAUUAUUAAUAUUUCAAGCGUUCGUAGCUUUCAAACGGCACCAAAUUAUUCAGCGUAUUGUAUGUCAAAGUCAGCGCUGGAUAUGUUUACCAAAUGCAUGGCCGCAGAGUUGGGACCCAAAGGCAUACGUGUAAACAAUGUUAACCCGGGUGCUGUCAAAACUAAUUUACCUCAAGCAGCCGGUCUAUCCGAUGAAAUAGCCCAGACUUUCUACGACAUGUACGGCCAACUUUACCCCGUGGGUCGGUAUGGGUUGGCGCAGGACAUCGCGCACGCCAUCGUGUUUUUGGCUACUGACGAGUCAUCCUUUAUGACCGGUACGACACUGUUGGCCGACGGCGGACACCUGGCAGCCAAUGUGGCAUUUAAUCCAGCUAACCUUAAAAAAUAAACAUUAUGAAUUAGUUUUAGUUAGUAAUUAAUUGAGGUAUAAUUUUGUUAUUUUAUGAAC